AAGGGUGAACUUCUCCAAAGACAAACGACAUUAGCUAUAGAGCUUGUCACUAGAUAUAUCUCUCUGAUUAUUACAAUUAUUAUAAUCAUGAGCAAUUCUUUAAUGCACUGGCUUUUACUACCAACACGGCUGAGCUUAUGGAUCCUCUCUUUGGUCUAUUACAUUGUGGUGUAUGGCACAGCUGGAAUUACAGCUUGUUUGGUUUUGAUCCGGAUCGCCUGGACUGGAUUUAAGGAUCCAUAUGGAACUUUUCAAUGGACCGUCCGAAAGAAACCCCCAGCCUGUCUUCAAGACCCUGAGCUUGGUGACCAUGCAUUUCUGAAGGGCAGGAGCUCAGGUUUGAGGUUUCAUUAUGUGACAAAAGGAGACCACAAAAAGCCACUAAUGCUGUUCCUUCAUGGAUUCCCAGAGAACUGGUGAAUUCUGCCUUCAUUUGUUUCCUUUCUUUUAUCUUUUUGCCACUUUUUCUUUUGUUACCCAUGCAGAAAAGCCUA